AUGGAGACAGCUGCAGCCUCCAGUGGUUCACAAGACUCCACGGAGGAUGUCACGGUUUCGGUGCUGUCCAUUGCCGGAGAGCAGGUCUGCUGCGUGUUGCUUCCCCGCGACACCACCCUGGCGGACAUGAAGGAGCAUCUGACGGCUACCCUGGGCUGCAGCGUGACCUCAGCAGAUGCGCUCUGCCAUGGUGCAGAGUCCUGGCAGGAGCCGCAGUCUCGACCCCUCGCCGGAGUCGUUGGCUCUUCUGUGGUCUCUCGGCUGCCUGAUGCCUUCACUGAGGGUGCUUUUCGCUCUUAUGGGUGGUACUGGCACAAAUGA